AGCAGACACGAAAACUUUAGUAAUAGCGCCCUCUGAUGGUCAUCAUCAGCUUGCGACGCGUCUCGUGUUCUAGAGAGUUCUAAGCAUUGUGGGUACCUCACCCGGCAGCGUCCUUCUCUAGCAUUCAAACAUGAUGCCCACUCCAGUCAUCCUCCUGAAGGAGGGCACAGACUCCUCUCAGGGGAUCCCACAGCUCAUCAGUAACAUCAAUGCAUGCCAGGUUGUGGCAGAGGCUGUGCGGACCACCCUCGGCCCCCGUGGCAUGGACAAGCUUGUGGUAGACAACAGAGGCAAAGCCACUAUUUCUAAUGAUGGAGCCACAAUUCUGAAGCUUUUGGAAGUUGUACACCCUGCGGCCAAGACUCUGGUAGACAUUGCCAGAUCUCAGGAUGCUGAGGUUGGUGAUGGCACCACCUCAGUGACUCUGCUUGCUGCCGAGUUUCUGAAGCAGUUAAAGCCAUACGUAGAGGAGGGGCUUCACCCCCAGACCAUCAUCAGAGCAUUCCGCACAGCCACACAGCUCGCUGUCAAAAAGAUCAAAGAAAUCGCUGUUACCAUCAAAAAGGAUGAUAAGCAAGAACAGAGGAGGUUGUUGGAGAAGUGUGCUGCUACGGCUCUGAACUCCAAGCUGAUUGCAGGACAGAAGGGGUUCUUUUCCAAGAUGGUGGUGGAUGCAGUGAUGAUGCUGGAUGAUCUACUUCCUCUGAAGAUGAUUGGAAUGAAGAAGGUGCAGGGUGGAGCUCUGGAGGACUCUCAGCUUGUAGCUGGUGUGGCAUUCAAGAAGACCUUCUCCUAUGCUGGCUUUGAAAUGCAGCCCAAAUGCUAUGUGAACCCAAAAAUCGCACUGCUCAACAUUGAGCUGGAGUUGAAGGCAGAGAAGGACAAUGCAGAAGUCCGUGUCAACUCGGUGGAGGACUAUCAGGCCAUCGUCGAUGCUGAAUGGAACAUCCUAUACGAUAAACUUGAGAAGAUCUACAAAUCCGGCGCUAAAGUGGUGCUGUCAAAGCUUCCCAUCGGAGAUGUGGCCACACAGUACUUUGCAGACAGAGAUCUGUUCUGUGCAGGGCGUGUUGUGGAGGAAGAUCUUAAGAGAACUAUGAUGGCCUGUGGUGGCUCUAUUCAGACCAGUGUCGGUUCCCUGACUGAUGAUGUGCUUGGACAGUGUGAGCUCUUUGAAGAAGUGCAGGUUGGAGGAGAGAGAUACAACUUCUUCAAAGGCUGCCCGAAGGCCAAGACCUGCACCAUCAUUCUGAGGGGUGGUGCGGAGCAGUUCAUGGAGGAAACAGACCGCUCACUGCACGAUGCAAUCAUGAUUGUACGCAGAGCAAUCAAGAAUGACUCUAUAGUUGCUGGAGGUGGUGCUAUAGAGAUGGAGUUGUCGAAGUACCUGAGGGAUUACUCUAGAACAAUUCCAGGGAAGCAGCAGCUGCUGAUCGGAGCCUAUGCCAAAGCCCUGGAGAUUAUUCCCAGACAGCUGUGUGACAACGCAGGCUUUGAUGCUACCAAUAUCCUAAACAAACUGAGGGCCAAGCAUGCACAGGGUGGUAUAUGGUAUGGAGUGGAUGUGAGUAAUGAAGAUAUAUCAGAUAACUUCCAGGGAUGUGUAUGGGAGCCCUCUGUUGUGCGUAUCAAUGCCCUGACCGCUGCUUCUGAAGCUGCAUGUCUCAUCCUCUCAGUGGAUGAGACCAUCAAGAACCCUCGCUCUACUGCUGACGGCCCAGUGGCACCUGCUGGCAGAGGAAGAGGUCGUGGUAGACCCCAACACACCCACUAAUCUACACCCAUCCCCACUAGUGUCUUGGGCAGAUCUUCUGGACAAAUGCUGGCCACUUAUUGGUCCUUGACUUGUUUUUGUGACCCAUUUUGUUACUCUCUGGUCCCACUAAAUCGAAGCAUUUCUUUGUGUUGACAAAAGGCUGAAGCAGAAUAAAAUUUCAUCUUUGCUAAUUGUUCCGGAUUGAUGGAGAUUUAAUCAUCUGUUGGAUAGUUGAUGUCAGUGUUGUUUUGUGAAAUUCUGAGAACACAAACCAUACAGACACUCAAAGAGUGAUCAGUUUGUAGAUCUGGAUAAGCACUGAUAUGCAGGCACUGAGAUACGUUCCUGUAUUGGUCACUCGGUGGAACUAUUUAUUGGACCAUUAAAAUCUGUACUUUUGCUUCUCAA